AUGCCCCGCUCCACUCUCCUCGCCGUGUGAAGCUUUCCGUCUCGCCAUAGCUCCUGCGCUUCACACUCUGUGUUGUUGAGCUUCGCCUCGUCUCAUCUCAUCUAACACUCCCCUUUGUUUCUCCGGAGGCGUUGUUGCAAGCGUGGUGCUCUGCCGCGUCUUGUUUUAUUCUCCGAGUGAGCGUGCGUGCCUUUUUUUUUUUUAAUCCUCCCUGCGCGUUUCAUCUGCGAGCUUACUUGUUGCUUUCGACUGCGUGAGCCAUCAGCUAUCGACAACGUAUUUUGGAAUUAGGGCGUAGUGUGGCGGGUCAGGUUUUUGCGGCUGGGAGGAUUUCGACGCCAGAGUAUUGCAGGCGAGUGCUAUUGGCGGACGGUAUCUGGAGUUUGGUGCGCGGGCGUCGGUGGUCGAGGAGCCAUGACGAGUGCGUUGGAUAUGUCAUUGGACGACCUUAUUAAGACGAACAAGACCGCUACUCGCGGUGGGAGGGGCGGUGGCGGUGGCGGUGGCGGUGGUGGUGGUCGAGGUGCAGCUCCUGCGUCUCGACGAGGGGGAGCGACCGCUGCUGCAGAUGGGGGUUACCCUGGGAGUAAAACGUCAGGGCCAACCCGCAGACAAGUGAGCCGGCCCGCCGUCCGGCCAACGCCUUACGCGAGCGCAAAGCCAGUCCGCCGCGACCCGGAUUCUACUUGGCAACAUGACAUGUAUGAAAACUUUCUCCCUGCCGCACCUUCAAGUGGCAGAGGAGUGACUGGAGGCAUUGAGACAGGGACCAAAUUGUACAUAUCCAACCUUGAUUACGGAGUUUCGAACGAUGAUAUCAAGGAGCUUUUUGGGGAAGUUGGUGAUUUAAAAAGAUGCUCUAUUAAUUAUGAUCGAAGUGGUCGUUCGAAGGGAACUGCGGAGGUGGUGUUCACUAGGAAACCCGAUGCUGUCAGUGCGAUGAAGAGAUAUAACAAUGUUCAACUCGAUGGAAAACCUAUGAAGAUUGAGAUGAUUGGCACAAAUCUUAUAGCCGCUCCCGUCCCAGCUGCGCGAUCUUCUGGAGCCAUGGCAAUGGUUGCUAGUCGAGGACGUCCUGUUUCUUCGUCAUCUAUGCCUUUUACUCGAGGACCUGGAUCUGAUCGAGGCAGAGGUGGUAGCAGCGCAUUUCGGGGACGUGGCGGUGGCAGAAGUGCUGGCGGUGCAGGUGCUGGAGGCCGAGGGGCCGGAGGUAGAGGUGGGGGCAGAAGCGCCACUGCCGUAGAGAAGACUGUGGAAGAUCUGGAUGCCGACUUAGAAUCUUAUCAUGCAGAUGCAAUGCAGACAAAUUAAGGUUAUGGAAACAGUGUCCAGACGACAUGUUCUCUGGACCGACCGUUUGACUUGCCAUAGGAGUAUUGCACAUGGCACUUUCUUCAGAUUUUCAUCCUCUGUCUCAGAUCGUAGGGUGCGAUUUUGAGCUUACUGGCAACAUUAUGAUGACUCCAGCGUAGCUAGUCAAGUGAAUUCCAGUGAUGUUUCAUCCUUGCCUCUAGUUUUGCUCAAGCUCCACCAUGAAAAAUGUUCCGUGUUAUUAGCUCAUGCAGAAAAUACAGCUCCCUGGUAUCUUAGGCUUCAUCCGACACCUAGUUAUGCAGAGAUUGUGGCUUUAAUGGGGUUUUAGCUUGAUGGAGCCCUAACGUUUUGUUCGCCGAUGAUCAUCUGAAUAUAUGUGAAAAAGUUCCAGUUCCGCAGACAGUUCCAGCA